AACCCCCAAAAAACCUUCACCAUUUUUAGAGUGCAAACCCCGGAUGCCGGGGGUGAUGGGGGUGGGGAACCAGCAGAAAACCCUCGGGCGCUUUGGAUCCGCGCCGGGACCGGGAUGGAGCAGGGAGGGAAAGGAAAGCGAAACCCCGGAACGCGGAGGGGCCGGGCCCCGCUGUCCCCAGGGACGCUGAGCCCGGACAGAGGACGAGGGGAGGGGACAAACACCGGCACCGCCCCGGCCCGUGCCGCACUACAGCUCCCGGGGAGCCCCGCGCGGCCGCGACAGCACCGCGACAACACCGCGACAGCACCGGGACAGCACCGGGACAACACCGCCGCGACAGCACCGCGACAGCACCGCGACAGCACCGGGACAGCACCGCCGCGACAGCACCGCGACAGCAGCGCCGGAGGGGACGGGCCGGGCCCCGCGCCCGCUGCCGCCGCCACCAUGCAGAUGACCUUCUACUUCUCGGACACAGUGGUGCUGCUGUUUGACUUCUGGAAUGUCCACAACCCCACAGGGAUGGUGCUCUCUGUGCUGGUGAUCCUGCUGCUGUCCGUGCUCUACGAGGCCGUGAAGAUGGGCAAGGCCGUGCUGCUGCGGCGGGCGCUGCUGGCCCUGCCCCGCAGCCUCAGCCAGGAGGCCCUGACCGAGCCACAGGAGGGGGACAGCGGCCCUGCGCAGGGCAGGUGGUUUUGGUUCCACGUGGGCCAGACGGUGUUCCACGUGGUGCAGGUGGUGCUGGGCUACAUGGUGAUGUUGGCCGUCAUGUCCUACAACGCCUGGAUCUUCCUGGGGGCCAUCGUGGGCUCCACGCUGGGCUAUUUCAUGGUGUACCCCCUGCUCGGCCGGGGCUAGAGCCCCCCGGGGCGGUGGCACACGUGUCCCACCUCCCGCUCCUCUGUCUGGAAUAGCUGCUGUCACUUCUGCUGGCUCUGUCCUUGUCCCCGUGCUCUGUGGGACGCAGAACUCCAAGGACUCGCUGGGGGCCCUCGGGGCUGGCCCCGCUCUGGGGACAGGGAGCCCCAUGGCCGGCACUCGCCACGCUGCCACCGGCCUCGGCUGGUGGCUGUGCCCUGGCUCUCAGGGACCUUUGUCCGGGUGAUGAUGGGGGGUGCUGGCAUUUCCUCCCCUCCCUGCUUUUUGAGGAGGUUCGUCCUGGAUGGAACGGGAACGAUCCGGUGACUUGCUGGGGGAGGGGACAAGCUGGGACAAGCUGCCCUCCUGCCCAGAGCUGCCCUGCACCGAGCCCCUCUUCACACAGUGCCUUUGGGGACACUGGGGGGGUCCUGCCACCCCCACCCCGCUCCUGCCAGCGCUUCAGUGUGGCUGUGCCAGGGGGGAAAUGUUGCUCCAGGUGCCUCUUGCUGCUUCCUCAGGACACCCCUUUUAAUAAAAAUCAUCUCAGCUCUGCUCCUGGUUCGGGUCACCCCUGGGUGGGCUCAGGCUGUGGCACCCCUGGGUUGUCAGAGUGGGACUGGGGAUCCCCAGCCCUACCCAGGGAAUAAGGAGAUUCUCCUCUGGCUUUAAAUAAAGCUUUUCCAUUUUAUUAAUUA